UGGCGUUUCUCCUUACUAGUCUCCUGAGAUGUGAUGGAAAGCCCGGUACAUGUUGCAGAGUUUUUGGCUGUUUUGAAGCACUUGACCAAGCAGUCUAGCUUACAGACUCAGAACUGGGGCUCGAUGACCUGGCUGCAGACGAAUUACCGGGGAGAUUUUGCAAAGCAGAUUCCUGGGCCUUACUCCAGACUUACUGAAUACGAGGGGUUUCACGGGGAAGGUUAUCAGAAAGGCUAUGAAGAAGGAAGUAGUUUGGGUAUGAUUGAAGGAAGACAGUAUGGCACGUUACAUGGAGCUAAAAUCGGAUCUGAGAUCGGGUGCUACCAAGGUUUUGCCUUUGCUUGGAGAUGUCUCCUGCACGGCUGCGCCACUGAGAAAGACAGCAAAAAGAUGAAGGUCUUAGAAUCGUUGAUUAGAAUGAUUCAGAAAUUCCCUUAUGAUGACCCUACUUAUGAUAAACUUCAUGAAGACUUAGACAGAAUUAGAGGGAAAUUUAAGCAGCUUUGUUCGUUACUAAACGUCCAGCCCGACUUUAAAAUUAGUGCAGAAGGUUCCGGACUUUCAUUUUGAGGAUGACAGACCCACAAAGACGAAACAUCAGGGAACAGAUGUUCAUAUGUUAAGUGUUUAAAAAUGUGAUUAAAGGCAAAACAAUGAUGGGGGAUUCAUUGUUUUGCAGGGAGAGUUCCAGCUUGGCUGCUGAAAGGGCUUCCUUCCCCCGAGGUCUGCUGGGUGGCCUCCGUGCCCCACCACGGGGCCCCUCCACAUAGGCCCGUCCUUUGUUGGGCCCUGUCUGCUCUGCAGCGUGAACGCGGCCCUGGCAGAGCCCUCACCGGGAUGCUCUUCUCUGGUCCAGGGUCCAGGCCCCUGGCUCACGGGUUCUCGUCACCUGGCAGGCCUGGCUGGAUCUAGACUCGGGUUGGCUCUGGAUAGGAUAAACCUCCCCUUUACGCCCCGGGCUUUGGUCAGCGCUCAGAGGGACAGCUUUUUAAAAAAUGAGAGCCACAGGGUUGACACGAAGCAGGUUAAUGGGAAGGAGUGAUGGGUACUGUGACAUUUAUUGACCCUUGAGAUGUGCCAGUGCUGUGACCUGCUUCUCAUGUUUUGUUUAGUCCCUUCAGGAGCCCAUGAGGUAGGCGUUAUUCCCAUUUUAUAGACGAGGAAGCUGAGGCCCAAGAGACUGCCUGGUCCAAGGGCAGUGGGCGGCAGAGCUGGGACUCCAGCCCCGUCUCCCGGUGCCGCUCUGGAACGCGCGGCGCAGCCACGGGCUCGGGGCCCCUGCCCGCAGGUCCCCGCUACGCCCCGUGGAGCCCGGGGGCAUCUCCUGUGGCCGUGGCCGUGGGCGUCUGGCUGAGAGGAGCAGAGGCCGGCCCUGUCCCCAGGAAGCCGGGACGAGUUUUUCCUGUGUCCCUGGGUGGGUGGGGCUCUGCAGCCUCAAAAAUGGUCAAAGGGAGGAGGCCCUGAAGGCCCCCGUCCUAUGUGCAGAAACUUUGGAGCCUUACUGCAGCCUUCCUUCUAGCGUGAGUUCUCCUGUCUUCUGCCCGGACUUAAAAGGCGUCACCUGUACGUGGUGCGCGGCCUCGGGUGCGCCUUCAUCACAGGCACCAGCAGCGCUUCUCUCGGGCUGGUGGGAUGGUGGGCCUUUUGUUGUCGUUUUCCUGGGUGGAUUUUUGUGCUUCCUAAGCAAUCUAUUUGGAUGAUGUAUUAUUUUUAUGAUUGAAAGAAAAAAUAAAGAGUCUAUUUUAAAGCAAAAGGCUGUCUGGGA